GUUGUUUUUCAGGAGCCAAACUAAAAUGCUUGGGAAAGGACAAAGUGGUGGUUUAUACUCCUCAAAGACAACCGGAGACAUUUUACAAAGCGCUGUGCCAGUGGACAGUGCAGACAAGAAGGGAGGGAGACAGCUGUCUGGCAGUGUGCAAUUGGGGGCCCAGCAGCAGAACCAGCAACUCCUCCUGAGUCCGGCCAGCCUCCAGCUUGCUCAGCUCCAGGCCCAGCUCACCCUCCAUCGCCUGAAGCUGGCUCACGGAGGCAAUACAGCCACCGCGGCCAGUGCUCUCAAUCAGGUUCUUUCCAAUGUUGCCAUGGCCCAGCCCCUCUUCAAUCAACUGCGGAACCCCCAAAUUUGCUUUCCCACAGGGGUGCUUGGUUUCCCCACUUCAAAUACUGCCUUGGGGGCUGGAGGAUUCAACCAGAGCCCAGGGAAUGUGAAACUGAACCAUCAUGGUGGAGCGUCCACCGUAGGCCUACAGGGUGUGGAGUUUGGUAAAAAAUCUGUGCCAACGUACCCCUCCGAUAUCGACAGCCGUCUUCAGUUCAACUUGGGAGGCACAUCUGCAGCAUCAGUGCCGACUGCUGAUGGACAUUAUUCCGUGGUCGGCGCUCAAACAAAACAACUGAACAAUGUUGGCUUCAAACAAGACUUCUAUGGACAAGAUAUGGCCAGUCAACAAGCUGGAUUCAAUGUUGCUGAUCCGAACAUAAAUCUGUAUAACUGUUCAGGACAGACAGAGCAAUGGAAUAAUGUGAGUCACACGGUGAAUGUGCCAUUGGCCUCUGAUGUCGCUACUGUUUGGACAACAGCUGGGCAGACAGUGCAGUCCAGAAAUGAACUGUAUAACCCAGAGGAGCCCACUUCUGACCACAAGUUCAAGGCCAAGAGUGGCGGUUCGUCUUUUGCCACUGAUGGCAUGCAGGGCUUUGGGAUUUACCAACCACUGCAUGGAAGCGAAGAAACGUUGUGUUCUGGUACCAGAACACUUCAGGCUUACCAAGUUAAUGACUACCAUGCUGUCACACCCACUCAACUGCCACACCAGUGCAGCAUCUGCGACAAGAAAGUCUACAACCUCAAGGACUGGGACCAGCACGUAAAGGGAAAACUACACCUUCAGAACCGAGUGUUAUACACCAAUGAAGGCGCGACAGUGGUAUCAACCGGAGCUGCUCACUUCCCUCUCGGUCGGCCCUCAGGUGGCGCUCUCAAUGGAGGGGACUCAAUGAACUGCACUUCUGCAGGUCAAGAUGUUUCGUCAGGGGUCAACACCUCGUACUUGCCAGCUGCAGCCAUGAAGAAUUACUCUUUGCCCAGCACGGGAUUUACGUCACCCCAGACAGAGUCACAGCCGUUUCCGCCAAGAAAGGCCACGACGGGCCGUGUUGUUCACAUCUGCAACCUCCCUGAAGGCAGUUGUACCGAGAAUGAUGUCAUCAAUCUGGGACUGCCCUUUGGCAAAGUUAGCAAUUACAUCUUGAUGCGCUCAACUCACCAGGCCUUUCUGGAGAUGGCCUAUGUGGAGGCAGCUAAAGCCAUGGUUCAGUAUUAUCAACUGACUCCAGCCAUGAUAAACAACCAGAAACUUCUCAUUCGAAUGUCCAAAAGAUACCAGGAGCUACAACUUAAGAAACCGGGUAAAGAUGUUCAGGCAAUCAUCCAAGAUAUCGCAUCCCAUUGGGAAAGAGAUGAAAUGCAAGAACCUCAGCACUACAUGACAGACAGAGCUCGCUCACGCAGCCCUGUCAGAAGCUCCCUCAGCCCUCACUCACACAGUCCCAGUUUCACAUCAUGUAGCUCAGCCCACAGCCCCCAGGCGGCCCCCUGCAUGGUUCAGGAGAGAGGCACCAACGGUCUGGGCCCACGCCGAGGUUCUUGGGACUGGUCUUCACACCAUAGACGAGGUGAGGGUGACAUGGAGAGGGAUGAACCCUCCCGGCGGAAUGGCUGCAGCACGGACGGCGACCGCCCCAACGAACGACCAUCAGACCGGCGGAAAGCCUAUGGGAAAACCUCGGAUUAUGUCAUCUCCAGGUCGGCAGACGAGCGAGGAUUUGAUAAAGGGAUGCCUGGAAACAGAGACUUCCCACAAGGCAGUCCUCAAGGCAAGUCCUUCAACUCCUACCGGAGCAUUGAGGAAAGCUUUUACAUGAAGUCAGACAAAGUGUGCAGAUCUACAUACCAAAGACACGACAGCAAGUCAAGGAAGAGGAAUGGCAGUGACCACAGCAGGCAUUCGAGGCAUGUGGAGAGCAAGAUGAUCGAUGACCCACACCGCAGAACUCCAGAAGAUAAGAAGCCGCGUUCACCCAGCAGGGGGAGAAGUAGGAAGCCAAACAAGAGGUGCAUCCCGACAGAGAAACAUGACAGCCCCACUAGAAAUACUGAUGGCCUAUCUAAAGAACAUGUCUCACCUCCGGGCAACAGCAAGUCAAAAGAUUCUGCUGAAUGUUUUGAGAAAAAGGACAUUGAGAAGGGGUUGGAAAGUGGAGAAAACACGGAUGACGAGUGUUGUUAUCCCAAGAACAUGGAGGAAUUUCUUACAGUUGAUGAAGUGGGAGAAGACGACGAUUUCAUUAUCGAGCCGGACCUUCCUGAGCUGGAAGAGGAUGCGAUCUGUCCUCAAGUGUCUGCAGAGGAACAAACACAAACAAUGGCGGAGACUUUACCAUCACCGUCAGUCCUUCUGGAAGAGCAGGAGACGUCUAUUAACAAAUCUGUGUCGGAAGUGAAAUGUGAGGGCGCUGAAGUUCCAGAAACAUCUGGAACUGAGAAAGCAGUUUUGACUGAGACAAGUGUGGAGGAACAAAAGAAGACUUCUGAGUCACCCACGAUGAACCUAAGUGAAUUUCCCAAUGAGGAAUUUAAGGCAGCGUUGGAGGAGACGAGUACAGAAGACAAAGUUCCUGACAGUGGGCCCUUAGAAGAAGAGCCAGUCAAGAAUCACAUUCAAAUGUCAGAGGACGGCAAGGUCCAGGAUGUCGUACAGGUCACCGAGGCCAGCUCUAAUGUCACUCAACACAAGGAGAGCAUUCUUAAAAAAGAUAUUGAAGUGCCCUCAUCAUCUAUUGAACAAGAGAAAGUCGUUAUUGAACAUAUCAUCCCUUUAGGGGUGGAGUUCAUUGAGCCAAGGACUGGUUUCUACUGCAAACUUUGUGAGCUGUUCUACACUAGCGAGGAAACUGCAAAGAUGAGCCACUGUCGCAGCACUGUGCACUACAGGAACUUACAGAAAUACCUGUCCCAGCUGGCACAUGAGAGCCUAAACCUUGCUGAAUUUUCAAGCACCCAGUGACAUCUUGUCCGCUUACCUCUUUACAGCAACCGCCCUAAUAGGAUUUCUGGAGGCAUUAAAAAAAUAAAAAUAUGGAUAUCUGCUCUUGUCAUAGGCUACUGGAAUUAUAAUUGGAUAUCUGGAAUGCUGACGAGAAUUUGGUUCAAAUUUGUACAUACUCUAAUGUAUAGCAGUGGUAUUUAUUAGUUUUAUUCUUGUACUUAAAGCUAUGUAUUAUUUAAUUUCAAUGUUGGCACACUUGACAAGUUGAACUGCUAUCAAGACAGAAUUUGUCUUCCAGGUUGGUCUUUGAAUUGUCCGAAUAACAAUCAUGGAUUAUAUUAUUAUGACAACUACGUAGUGGUUUAAAUGAUGCCAAUGAAUGUUUUUUUUUCUCAGUUAAUGCUGAGACGGAUUAUCAGGUUCAUUGUAUUUGUUGAGUUUCCAACUCAGUGUGUAUUACUUGCAAUUUAUUGACAACUGGAGUCUAUAACGUUUUUCUUUAACUUGGGUCUCGUGUGCACUACAGUUGUCUUUCAGGUAAAAAUCACUUUAUGUGUAAGAAUAAUGAUGCAAUGGCUUUGCAAACCAUCUCUGCUGUAUAUAAAUGUCCCUUAAAAUGUCAACCCCUCACAGUGCCAGCCUCAUGUGCUUAAUUUAAUGCCUUAACAUUUUAAAUAUGACAUGUUAAACUGGACCAUGUACAGUAGUAAAAGUUCCAACAUACAUAACUAUUGCUUGUUUCAGAGCCAAAUGUAUUUUCUACACAAUGAAACCUUAUCCUUGAUCUUAAUGUUGUUUUGGCAAAUCUAAUGUUCAUGUGAAUAAAU